AUGAAGUGUGACCAGAUUUUUGGAGGUAAAGUUGUUGUGUUAGGAGGUGAUUUUAGACAGAUUUUGCCAGUUAUGACUGAAGGAGGAAGGGUAGCAACAGUUUUAGCAUCUAUCAACUCAUCUGUUCUUUGGAAUAGUUGUAAAGUUCUUAAACUUACCGAAAAUUUGAGACUUCGCAAAGCAUGUAAUAGUAUGGAUGCGGGUGCUCUUGCUACUUUUUCUAAGUGGCUUCUUGAUAUUGGGGAUGGCAAAAUUAACGAGUCAGAUAGUGGGGAUGUGGAGAUAGAAAUUCCGGAUGAUUUAUUAAUUAAUACAAGUGGAAAUCCUAUUGAAGCAAUAGUUAAAGAGAUCUACGGAGAACAAUUUACAAGGAGGACUGACCCAAAAUUCUUUAGUGAAAGAGCUAUUCUAAGUCCAAGAAAUGACGAUGUUGAUAAGAUAAAUCAGUUUAUGCUUACUAAGCUUCCAGGUGAGGAGAGACGAUAUCUUAGCUCUGAUAUUAUUGAAACGUCUGAUACAAGCGGACUUGAUGAUAUGAUCUACACUCAGGAAUUCCUAAAUAGUAUUCAAGAUUCAAAUGAGUCUUAUGAUCUGAGAUCAAUAGACUUAGAGUCUCAAAGAGUAAUUGAUGCUGUAAAUGCUGAAGAAGAACGUCGUAAAUCUAAUGGAGUAGAGACAUCUAACUCUCGUAAAAGACACUACAAGAAAUAUAGGUAUUGA